AAUACACGAUUUUUUUUUCAAUGGAAUUGUUGGUUAUAUAAUUAUUUUAUAAUCAAUUUAUUCAUUUUUACUGUCUUGCGCGGCCUUAUAUACCGAUACAGGUAUUGAUUGGUUAUUUCAUUCACAAGUGUCACGAGAUCAUGAAUAGCCGUGCAAGUUUACGGCGUAUACAAAUGUACCGGCGCGGCCCAUUUAUGCAGCGAUCACCAAAGUCAUCUAAGAUUUGAGAGGCUAUCUGUAUUAACAACAAGUAUUAACACUAUUUUACAGAGAGAAAUAUCAAUUCUUGUAACUUUCGUGAAUUCCUUUUUCACCACUUUUUCUCUCCUUCACUUCCUGAGGCUGAGGACGAUCCGCACACGAUGACCAAGACAAUCUUCACGUUUAUUUGCAUGGCAUUUGCCUUUUUCUGUCUUCCCAAAGCAGAAUCCAGGACCAUUUCAAUGUAUGAUUUGGAACCUGCAACUUUGAUAAAAUCGAGUUCAAAAAAGCUCGGCGGUCCUCCUAUUUUCCACAAUUGCAGUAAAGCGACAGAUACAUUUGAGCUGACGAGGGUUGCUGUUGGGGGAUGUACUGCGCCACCCUGCCCUCUAAUCAAAGGAAAAAAUGUCUCGGUGGAGAUUGACUUCAUAGCUCGUAUUGCAACAUCCCAAAUCAAAUCUGAGGUUUACGGCCAGAUAGCAGGCGUGAAGGUUCCGUUCCCCAUCAGUAACAGCGAUGCUUGCAAUAGCUGUAAUAUCCAGUGCCCCACCGUAGUAGGACAAUCGUACGCGUACAAAUACAGUCUAGAAGUUAAAGAGGAGUACCCUUCGAUGACACUGGCUGUGUUUUGGUACUUGGAGGGUCCAAAUGGAGAAGAGCUGUGUAUGGACGUUGCUGCCCAAAUCAAGUCUGCAUAGUCAUCCAAUACUAGUCCAGUUAGUAUCAAUAUUCUGACCCAUUUCAAUCUUAACCCACAAUUUAUCUCUUUUAUUAUUUUUUUUUUGGGGGGGGGGUAGUAUCUAUGUUUCCUUCAGUGGAUCAUAUCGACUUGGGUAUGAGUCAGUAUGAUUAAAAAUGAUUGACAAUGUAGUGUAUUCUUUUAAAUGAUUAAAAGCUUAAGUGCCAGUCUACAUCACUAAUAACAAAUCUAUGCUUAUGAUAUUCAGAGUCCAUCUGAACCGUGAUUAAAAUUCUGUUGUUGUUGUUGUGGAUGAUGAUAGAGUGUAGAUGUUCGAUUUUCAUCUGAGUUUUUAAGUAGCGUUCUGUACGUUUUCAAUCAUGUGGGAUUUAUGUUGCAUCUAGCACUAAGACCAAUUCAAGACAAUCUUCCACCGUCAAUGUCGUUUGCUAUCAAUAUACCGUGCUAAUCUCAUUGAUAUAUCUGCGUAAUGUAAAAUGUAAUACACAAAUAUCAACAUUGAUAAGCAAGCAUUUCAGGAAGGUCAGUCAUGUUUUAUCAAAUAAAGACGUAAACUUACUUAAAUGUUUAACAUUCUGUAAGGGAACUAUUACACUGUAUAUAAUGAACUUGCAUCUUUUAUUGUUAUAAUUGUGGAUAUUGUCAUUAUUAUUUGGGGGGAAUGUAUUUGAAAAUGUGUAUGUAACUAUUUAUCAACUGCAAAUAAUUAUACAAUGUUUAUUCUAGUAGAGCUUUAUAUCAUGAUGCUUGUUGAAGUACUUUUUUCUGUCUGUAGUGCAGAAAUUGUUUGAGAAAUUUUAAUGUAGUGAUCACUCAGGAGGAUAUUAGUGCAAAAUAUCUUCUACUUAUGUUAUUUCGUUUGUGGUGUACAAAUUAUGAAGUGGAGAAAAAUAAAAUGAGGAAUGAUUUGCCAUGAGUUGUUUUUUAUACUAAACAUAAGACAUAUUUUUGUACUUUAUUCUGUGGAUGUGCUCAUUUUCUAUUGAUAUUUGCAAGAAAAAAAAAAGUUGAGUUCUGCAAUGGUUUCAGAAAAUUUGGAUGUCCCAUUUGUGUUUUAUCAAUGUUAAAAAGUUUGGAAAACUUCAUUUUGAUAUUGAGAUUUAUUUGGGGAAUAGUUGUUAGGUGUUUGUCCUGAUGAGUGGGCAAUGAUCCCCCUCCCCACAUCCAUAUCCAUGUACCAAGUAUCAAGGUUGCUUGAAAUUAAAUAUAAAUCCUGUUUAGUUUGUUGCAACUGCUAUGGUAUGGGCUUGGGUACAUGCAAUAUUCCCUGGUAUGGAUGGCCCAUACAGUAUAUCCAUCUAAUUAUCAAUUGUUCCGUCAGUACCAAGCCCACACUUUGUAAAGACAACGGUCAAGGAUUGUCAUCGGUUGUGUGGGUGGUUUUGAUGGUUUAAUGAUUAAUUGUUCAAAACUUGAAUUAAUCUUCUUCAUCUGAUUGUUGCAAAGUCCAAUUCCGUGAUUAAUUGGGUCAUAAUGAGUUGAAACCGCAUGAGAUAAGUAUCCUUUGGUGUGAAUUGCUUGUCAUCUUCCGGCUGUUGGUCUCCCUGAAGCACCCAACUCAAGUCAUCAUACAGAGACCCCCCCCCCCCCCAUUCUUCUGCUCUUUUAUUAAGGAUUUCUUUGAAAUUCAGCAUUGGUCUAAGUCUUUUUGUGUGUAUGUAUAUGUGAAUGUGGGUUGAAAAAGGUAAGUGGGAAAUUAAAUCUGUGUUUUGAAUGCUUGGAUAUUGGAAGCAUGAAAUCCCACUGGUUCAUGAGCAAUAUCCCCCCCCCCCCCCACACGAACCUUUGUUGUUAUUUUACUGAUCUCAUAACACUCAGAGAAAACUUCACUCAUUCUUCCAAAGGAUCCCUUAUAUUCAAAUGAUCUACCAAGAUUUAUUACUUGGCUUGAAUCCACAUUGGUAUUAUAAAACAUGUCUUUUCCUGUAAAAAACAACAACCUUAAAACUACCAUCCUUGUCAUUCACUUUAUUAGCAGAAUUCAGUCAUUUUUUAUUUCCAACCAGACCAAUUAUUUAUAGAAUGACUUGCCAUAUUCAUAUUAAUGUAAGUAAUUAUGUAUGUAUUCCCCAUGUUCUUAAUUUCUUUUUUUUUAUAAUUAUUAUUUUGAUUCAGGUGUUUUCAAAGUAGUAAUUAAAAAAAUGCUUGCAUGAUAUUCACAGGCUACUAUAAAACUUGUACUUUGAUUUCUUCAUGUUGUAGCUCUAUGUGAUCAGUGAUGAUCAUUCAUAAUUAUGCACUGUAUUUUCUAUUCUAGAUUUUUUCCAAUGUACAAUUUGUAUAAAUUGCUUUGUAAGACAUGUUUUGGCAUGGCUUUGUGACAUGGACUGAAUUUAAUAUCAGGUGAAAAUAAAGGUAUUGAUUAAUAAAACAUGUCAUGUUCCAUUUCCUA